GACUGUCUACCUGGAGCCUGUGUCCUCUAUAACCCGUAGAGAGACUGUCUACCUGGAGCCUGUGUCCUCUAUAACCCGUAGAGAGCCUGUGUCCUCUAUAACCCGUAGAGAGACUGUCUACCUAGAGCCUGUGUCCUCUAGCUGCGUCAGUCAGUCGGUCUUCCUAUUGAAACCUACAUUACAGCCCAUCCUUUGUUUUGGUCUGGGUUGGUGGGCAUCUGAGCCCUAACCCUCAUGGAGAAGUUCCAGGCUGGGAUGGUCCUAGCGGGGGUGGGGGACGCGCUGGGCUACCGUAAGGGCCGCUGGGAGAGCUGCCCCUCUGGGACACAGAUCCAGGAAGAGCUGGCCUCUCUGGGGGGCCUUGGGGCUCUGAAACUGGACCCUGACAACUGGCCCCUCAGCGACGGAGCCCUGAUGCACAUGACCACCGCUGAGGCCCUCAUCACAGACUACUGGUGUUUGGAGGACCUCUACAGGGAGCUGGUCAGGGUGUAUGUUGAGGCCAUGGCGUCUCUCCAGGGUCGCCCCCCUGAACCAGCCACCGUGGAGGGAUGUGCUCACCUCAAACCCAACAACUUCCUGCUUGCCUGGCACACGCCCUUCAAUGAGAAAGGUUCUGGGUUUGGAGCAGCCACCAAGGCCAUGUGUGUGGGGAUGAAGUACUGGCAGCCUGAGAGGCUAGACAACCUAGUGGAGGUCAGCAUUGAGAUGGGGCGCAUGACCCACAACCACCCUACAGGUUUCCUGGGCUCUCUGACCACGGCUCUGUUUGCAUCGUACGCGGUGCAGGGCAAACCGCUGGUGACCUGGGGUCGCGACCUCAUGAAGGUCAUCCCCAAGGCCGAGGAGUACUGUAAGAAGACCAUACGCCACAUGGCAGAGUACCAGGAGAAGUGGUUCUACUUCGAGGCUAAGUGGCAGUUCUACCUGGAGGAGAGAGGCGUGGAGGAGGAGGGGCAGAACAAGCCCCUGUUUCCUGACACCUACAACGCUGAGGAGACAGACAAGGUGUAUAAGCGCUGGAGCUCAGAGGGCCGGGCUGGACGGAGGGGUCAUGAUGCUCCCAUGAUAGCCUACGAUGCUCUCCUGGCCUCAGGCUCCGACUGGACCCAGCUCUGCCGCCGCGCCAUGUUCCACGGAGGGGAGAGCAGUGCCACUGGGCUGAUAGCAGGCUGUCUGUACGGUCUCCUGUUCGGCCUGUCCCAGGUCCCUGAAGGGCUGCACCGGGAUUUGGACCGACGCACGCGGCUGGAGGAGCUCGGAGCCGAACUGUACAAGGCAGCCUCCGCAGAGAGGAGCACAGAGAAGUAACACCACCACCCUGCCCACACCGCCCUCUUCUGGCCGACAUAGGAACUACACAUGAAUGACUCCACCAUGGCUGGCUACUGGCUGCUCACCUACCUACCUACCAAGUGGAGGCUGGUGGGAGGAGCUACAGGAAGACGGCUCAUUGUAAUGGAUGAAGGGGAAUACAUAUGCUUGAUACUGUUCCAUUUAUUCCAUUCCAGCCAUUACAAUGAGCCUGUCCUUCUAUAUCUCCUCCUACCAGCCUCCUCUGCUACCUACCUAUCCCACAGCACUACAGCCCCCCGAGCCCGGCCUGUACCCUCCUCUCUGUCUCUCUCCCCCUGCUGGGGUCUCUGGAAUAGUUCCUUUCCUGUUCCAUAAAGGGUUUUGUCAUUCAUGUGGAACUGAACCAGAAUCAGAAUUGGAACUCUGAAACCGGAUCUGUGAUGUAACAAUUCCAUAGAUUCCAGAGGCCCCAGGUGUUCUCAUCUAUAGAUGAACGUGGAUCAACUAACAUCCCUACCUACUGGACACACACCAGUCCUGGGUUUAAAACAUGUGAUUGGAGACAAAGAAGACGGUCCUGUGUAAAUGUGAUUUAAACUUACAGGCUUGUUAUUAGUCUGUCCCCCCCCCCCCCCCCAUAUUGUAUAUGUUCCCUAUAUAGUGCACUACUUUUGACCCAAACCCUAUGUGCCCAGGUCAAAGGUAGUGCUAUUUGGGAUCCACUCUUAGUCUGUUAUUUGCACUCGUCUCAUGUUUUGGUUUAUUAUUGUCUGCUGUGGAUUCACCACGAGUGUCAUGAUAAUAAUCGUGUUAUUACCAGAUUAAAGUGGAUAUCUAUAUAUUA